AUGGCAAUCGGUAAUGCGGUCUUGAACUCCCUUGGUCUAGGAACAGAUUUGGAGGCCACUCUGUGCCGAAAAGGUGCUGCGCUGCUGCUCUUCAUCGUGAGCAAGGUUGACACAGCACAAAUCGAGAAGUGCUACACCAAACAAACGAGACAAACUUCUAAGGCUACCAGUUUGCUCUCUGCAUUGGUAGCGGAGCGUGGCGACCAGUGCCCGCUCUCGCAGCAACUACGACGUCCUCUACUUGGACUACCACUUCCUGAUGGCUGCUUGGGAUCCUUCUACAUCAUCUACUUCGCCUACCACCACUUCCUGGAAGGUGAGGCUUCAGUACGAGAAGACGGAGCGGCAUCUCGCCUCACUGGACGAGCAUGGACGGUGACGGCGGAGCUGGACUACUCGAGACUCAGGAAGUACCUCCUGGAGUUCUUGCGCUCCAGACUAUGUCAAACAGCUGCUCCUGACGCUGGGGCGAGGCUUGAGGAGUUGCUCAUCAAGCUCAGGCGACCGCCUGGAAUGGGCUUUGCACAAUGGAGUGCAACGCUCUUGGAGAGCUACCGCAAGGUGCAACGCUCUCUGAUCAGAGCUCGUGCCCGAGCAAAGCCUGCCAAGGAGGAGAAAGUGGAGCCCAAGACAGAGAGGAGGACAGCAUCUGAGCCGCACUCAGAGCCUGCGUCACCAGGUAGCCCUGGUGGACGCGCACGACGGAGCCCUACGACGUCCUCACCUGCGCAUGGAAGAGUACCCGGUCCCGAAGAACCUCAACAAGCCGAUCAACCAGAACAAGGAGACGGACACCAUUAUGAUGCAGUACCUCAAGAAGAUCCUGAUGGAGAAGGUGACGGCCAAGAUUGGACAUCAUGGUACAACCGAUGGACGCCUGAACAAUGGCGUGAGUGGCUGAAGGAGACCAAGGACAAGGAAGCCGAUGAAGAAGAGUCCGACGAGGAACUACGUUGGGACGAGCUGGAGAUGGAAGAGAUCGAGGUGCUCCCCGACGAGCUGUUGGGCUGGCUUCUUCUUCGACGAGCCAACCUUCCUGCUUCGGCGAGGCUUGCAGUUCAAGCUUCAGUUCAAAACUCCUUGAAGUACCGCGACAUCGAGAACGCCCUACGUGACCAAGAAGAAGAACUUCUACAUGGAGAUCUACAUCGCCAACAAGCUCAUCGACAUCGACGCACGUUUUGGGCCGAGGAAGAUGGAGCUUGGGGACUACUUGCACUACAAGAUGAACAACAAGAUGAGGCAGUGCAAGAAGUGCACUGGGUUGGAAAGUCAUUACCUCCUGAAGUAUAUCAUCCUACGGACAAGACGCGCAUCGACGAGGGUGACGAGGAGAUCUACUGGUCCUGGGAGAUGGAUGGAUAUCAUGGCUAUGUCCAGGACAACUAUGGCCAAUGGUUUGAGACCGACGGAUAUGGCAACUACUGGACCUCCGAGACGGGUGACUACGAGGGUCUCACAACCGACCAAGCCAAGGAGUUGGACGAGGCUUAUGCAGCCUAUGAGACAAAGGCGAGAACUUUCCAACAGAGCCGACAGUACCAACGAGCCAAAGAUCAAUCCCGUGGCUUCUACCCCAUGAACAAGGGCAAGAAGGGCAAAGGCAAAGGCAAAGGCUUCUAUCGGCCUCAAGGACGCGGUGGUGUUUCUACUUCGUCUACAACAUCUUCAUCUAUGUCUAAGACAUCGGUGAUGAAGUCUGAGGAGGUGAUGGCAGCAACUGGAAACAACACUGGUUGCUUCCUCUGUGGGGAAAAGACUCACGGAUUCCGUGACUGCCCAAGACGCUCAGGUCAAACCUCAGCGCCUCAUGCUCAACGUGGCAAGGGCAGUACCUCCUACAUGGUCGAGAACCUGAACCCUUCAAGCUUGAUCUUCAUGGGGGCGGACAACCAGCCCGUGACCCCUCUUCAAGUACAACAUGACACAGCUGGCUUUGGUGUGCUCGACUUGGGCGCAACCGAGACUGUCGGAUCCCUCGAGGCCAUUGAGAAGGUUCUACACCGUCGACAUCAACUUGGACAUCUACUUCCUGGAGAUCAUGAUGAAGUUCGAGUCAUGCCCGAGGCCAAGAAGAUGUUUCGCUUUGGGAAUGGUCAGGUGAAGCAGAGCGAAAGCUAUCUUCUACUUCCUCAACAUGUUGGCGCCAAGAAGGUCCUCUUGGGCAUCUACACCCUCAUGGCGGAGAAAGUGCCGAUCCUCAUUGGCAUGCGCACCUUGACCAAACUUGGUGCGAUUGUGGAUGUGACUGGUGGCUGGCUUGUGCUCACCAACGUCGAUGCCAAGAUCAAGAUACCCCUGCAGAAAAGCGCUGCAGGUCACUUGCUGGUGGACCUUACCCAAGACUGGUUGGCACAAGGUCAACCCAUGGUGGAGAAGCCCCCACCGACGGAAGUCUACGACUACUCCAAAACCCAGUCAGCGGAUCCGCGGGAUCCGCGGACGACGGGCGCCCCAUGUUUUGGGCAUCACAAGGUGGCCAGACCGCGGCCCGGCUCCAAGUCGGGGUCCAACCGGUAUGCAAUAUGGGAGGCAUGCGAGAACUGUCACCUUCGAAUGUCUUACACCCCCGCAUUCGGGGCGACGGGGGCCACCCGCAAAGCCGGUCCCUUGGACAAGGACACGGCACAGGCGAUCUCCAAGCUGCCGGCCAACGAGCUGCUGGGCAACAACCACCUGAAGAACGAGAAGAUCUCCCUGGACGGCGCCGAGGCCAGUCUACUUCGAAAGUUGGAGAACGUGCAGAAGAAGAAGGCCGAGUUCUGGAGUUCCCUCAGCACCGACGAGAAGUUCCAGAAGAUCGUUGGCAUGCGAGAAAAGGCCAAGACCAAGUACAAAGAGUUCAUGGACUUGGAGAAGCUGAGCAAGGCCAUGAACAUCAAGCCAAUGGCUGCCCGAGCCUACCAUCCUGGCGACCUGGUCUACUACAAGCGACAUCAAGCUCCUGCCGAAGGACGAAGUCAUCAGAAGCUGGAUGUGCCGAGACGACAAAUCUCGAGAUGGUUUGGACCAGCCCGGAUUUUGGGGCUUGAGACAAAGGUGACCUAUGAAGGCCAAGUGAGACAGCCUCACCGAAUGGCCUGGCUCAUCAGUCAAGGCAGACUGAAACGAGUGCACACAGACCAACUACGGCAUGCUUCAAAACGCGAGAAGCUGACCAAUGAGGAGUUCCACGACAUCCUGGCCACACCCUGGACGUUCACUGACGUGACCAGCGUGUUGGACAAGGGUACCUAUGACGACCUGGUGGAACUACCCCAUCUUCAACGAGGGCGACCUCAUGAUGUCAAACCUCGGCGUUCUCCCAGCCGUGGACGUGGUGGACAGAAGAGAGCAAACUCAACUUCAAGACCACGCAGUGCACCUCCAACGAAGGCCAAGACUGAGGAGACGGUCAUGAACGACAGACCUCCGAGCGAGCCCUACGAGCCAUCCAUCGCGGAGGAGUUCAUGCCUGAUGAUCAAGAUCUACCUCCAGUUCCAAGUGAUGAUGACUUGGAAGGUCCUGAAGAAGUUGACCUGGACCGCCUGCUGGGCGACCCGCACUACAUGCCACGAAUGGAGCCUGGACCUCCAACUGGUCCCCUCUUCGAGCACGAGCCCUUCCAACGUGCACGAGCUCGACAUGAACGAGACGAAGCUCAGAGGAUGAAAUCCAUGCUGAGCCGUGGCAGUGCUGGUGCAGCUAUGCUGGUUCAGGAGGAGACCUUCGAGGACAACCUGAUCUACGCCAUCACGCUUCCCAUGCCGGAAACUGCAGCACAGUGGAAAGCCAUUGUGAAGGACCCGGCCAAGUUCGUGGGGAAACAAGUUGCCAAGGGAGUUGAAGUAUCUUGGCACAAGCUCAACAAAGAACAACGAGAAGCCAUGACUGAGGCGAAGCGUGUGGAGAUCAAAGAAUGGGUUGCAUCAAAAGUUUGCCGUGCUGCAAUUGGAGAAGUUGACCCAGACUACCACUUCUCAAAGCUGACGCCAAAGCAGCAUUUCUUCAAGGCUGCCUAUGGAUUGACGAUUGCUCCUCGAGAGUUCUACAUGAUGGUCAACGACACCCUGGAGCGACUUCAACUACGACGGCUGAAGACCGACCCGUGUCUCUGGCAGUAUGUGGUCGAGGAGGAUGGCAAGCCGAAAACAUUGGGCAUCAUUGGAUCCCAUGUUGACGACUUCCUCAUGACGGGCUACGAGAAUGACCCGAGGUCCGCAACAUGCAGCAAAGCCCAGUCCAUGCUGACCAAAGGUGAUCGCUCUAUGGUGGAGGGCAUCAACAAGAUGGUUCGAGAAGUUCAUGCACAGAAGGAGCUGGGACUUCACAUCUACCAGCUCUGCGCAGAACGUGAUGAUGACCUCACUUUGGUGGCUUGGAGCGAUGCGGCAUUGGCCAACCGGCCAGACUUGGGAUCUACAGGUGGCUACAUCAUCGGCUUCAUGCACAAGCAGUUCACAACUGGACAAUCACGUGGCCAAGUGAACGUGAUGUCUUGGGGCAGUCAUCGCCUCAAAAGGGUCUGCAGAUCGUCGUUGGCUGCAGAAACACAGGCGCUGGCCGAAGCCGAGCAAGAACUCAUGUACUUGCGAGUACAAUGGUGGGAGAUGCUGGGCCACAAGAUCGACCUCACCAAGGCCGACGAGACCGCCAAGAAUGUCAACGCGAUCAUCAUGGUGGACGCAAAGGCGCUCUACGACGCUGCGAAGAAUGGUGAAAUCCAAUCCGCUGGACUGAACCUCAAGGAAAAAUACACUGCCCUCGAAUUGAUGGCGAUCGUCGAGCAUCUUGAGAGACAGUCGACGACCUUGAGAUGGUGCAACAGCGAUCAGCAGUUGGCUGAUGGACUCACCAAGUCCAGUGCGCAAGAACGAUUGAAGAAAUUCCUCAUGACUGGACAGCAGUGGUCGCUGAUGUUCGACGAGAGUUUUACAUCAGCGAAGAAGAAGCGCAAGAUGGAUGCACGCGAGACUGAGGAGGAGUUCACCGACGUGAGCUGGGUAAAAUUUUCUCCAAUGUCAAGGUGUUUCGGCAACGAUCCCUGA